GAUUGGACACCUCGUGGUCCAUGCAGCUGCACAACGCAAAUCACUAACGUUCACGAUCCCGACGCGAGCGGUUGUACGUAGCGGACAAGCGACCAUACGGUGUAUAAGUAGUAGUUUAAAAAAAAAUAAUAAUAGCAAAAAAUACAACAAAGUGUGCAGGAAGAAUAGUGAGUAAGAUAUCAGUUACGUGUGAGCAGCUAAGGGUAUAAGUACAGUACCAAAAAUACAUAUACGAACGUAUGUGUUUGUAAGUGAUAAAGAAUUUUCAGCGAAAAAAAGUGCGAGAGUGCUAUUUUUCUUCGUCGUCUAUACCAACAAUAAAAAAAUAAAUAAAUAUAACAAUAAUAAACCGAAGCAAAAAGUGAGUGAAAAAGUGUAACAUUAAAAGGCAAAAAUUACGCAAAAAUCUCGAUAUUAGCAAAAAAUCCGUUAAGCCACACGCAUACUGUCGCAAACGAAAGUGUCUCAUAAAGUAAGCAAAAUACAGCGAAAAGGCAGUGCAAUACAUACAUACACAGCAUUAAUACAGCGACUAAACGGUAAAUAAUAAUGUCACCAUUUACAAGCGAUUUGAACGGCAGCAACAACAUGAUGAGCUAUCCAGAUAGCAUGCCACUGAUGGCACGCGGCAAUGCCAGCCACAAUGCCAACCGUAGCAAUAGCAACAUCAACAACAACAAUGACAACAACGAAAGCGACAACAGCAGCGGAUGUGACAAUAUGUCGUUGCUGAGUCGCUGCCGCCGCAACAUCAACAUGGGCGCUGGCAAUUUGAUGAGCUACCAGAAUAUGCUCGUUAUGCUAACGGUAUUGGUGUGCGGUCUCGCCACUGUUAACGGGCUCAAGUGCAACAUGUGCGGCCAGUAUAAUGAGGGCGUCGGCUCGAUUACGCCCUGUCUCAACUAUUCGGAUCAAUAUGCACAUCUCUACUUGAAGGAAUGUUCGAAGAAAAGCGAGAAAUACUGUGUGAAAUAUGUAAGCGAAUUAUCGACAGUGCGAGAUUGUGCCACUGAGUGUGUUGAGAAGGAAAUAUGGGAGACACAAACUUAUUGCUGUAAUACCGACGGCUGCAAUGGCUCCAACAAUUUGCAGAUCUCAAAACCUCUACUAUUAUUACCGUUACUAUAUUGUGUCUAUAAAUGGUUGACAGUCGCUUUCAAUGAGCGGCAUUAAGUUGAGGAGCAUGCGUAGAGAGUGGUGAAAGGGUUAGGCACUAAUAAUCAUAAAUAUGGGCAUGUAAUAAAACGAAAAAUAACGGAACGUAGUAAAUUAAUAAAAAUUAACUUGUUAAAAACUAUUUUCUUCAAAAGAAAAAAUUCUAAUAUUUGUGUGAUUUUUCAUCUCGUGGUUUAAAUGUCCAAAAUUUUUGUGCAAGCUAAUUGGAUAUUUCGAUAUUCUUUAGGUAAUUUUCAAAAUAAAUUUUCAAAAUAAACUUUGAAAAUUUUUGGAUACUUUGCAUUUAUGCUCUUUAAUUAUUGUACUUUUAAUAGUCUUCCCGAUAAAAUGUUUAGUAGAAAUAUAUAGAAAAGCGAAAACUUAACACAAGAACAAAUCGGAAAAUUUUUAAAAAAUAUCAGAAUUGAGUAACAAGUGUAGGGGAAAACCAAAAAAUAAAGUACAUUAUAUAAAUCCGAAUGUUGAAAAUCUUGCGAUUUAAGUAACCAAGAAGCAUAUUAGAACAAAUUCUAAAUAUAAUAAUGCAAAUAAAAAAUACAAUACAUACAUAUAUAUACAUAUAUAGUUACAAAGAUAUGUAAAGCAAAUUUCAGCUCAUAGCAAAAACAUUUUCGUAAUUGAAAGCAUACAAAUAUUGAAAUAUAUUAUAUAAUAAGAGCUAAUAACUAAAGAAAGUAAGGUAAAAGGAAAAGCUAAUAAUUUACAGUUACUCUUAUAAAGCAUAAUAGCUAAAUUUAGAAAGAGUUUCAUCAAUUUUAAAAAUUCAUUAACAACGUUUUUGCGCCUAAAAGUAGAUCACGACAUUUUCAAAAACAAGUCAUACAAAACUAUUUUGCAACAUUUAUUUAACGAAGUAAGAGUUUAUGAAGCAUACUAUUGUGCGCUUGCUAUAUGUUUUUAUAAUUUUAGGAAAUAAGCGACAAUUAUUCUAUGCCGUUAGUCAUAUAUUGCGCAAUCAAUCGCCUCGCCUUGUUAUAUUUUGGGGCUGGCAGAGGCGGUUGCUUCCCGGCAAUAUAAAAUGUAGUAUGCUUUGUGUAUUUUCUGCAUCAUUUAAUGUUCUAUAAUUUACUUUUCAUAAACAACUUUUCUAAAAUUUACCAACUAAUUAUAUGAAACCAACACAAAUAUAUAUUCUAAAAACGCGCAAUUUUUAAAAGGCAACACACACCUAUUAGAGACACUUUCUUAAAUAAACAUUGAACUAGUAUCCUGUUCCAAUAGGGAAAAGAAAAUUCGAAAUUACUAAACGCAUUCGGUCAUUUUCAUUAUUGAAUUUUAAGUGAAAUAUUUUAAAAUUUCAUUAGUAAUUUAAAUCUAAAAGACAUAAAAGCUAAAAUACAAUAUUGAAAAUAAAAAAAGUAGUUUGUUAGGAAAAAUACCUAGGAGAUGAAGUUAGAACAAUAUAAAUACGCAACGAACUACCACUAAAUCUCUGAGAAAUCGAGCAGUUUCAAGGCUUAUGUGCGCUCUCUGCGGCAGGUAUUGAGCGGAUUGGCGGUAGUGAGUGGCAGCUGAGGUGAGGUCUAAUGAUGUUGUAUACUUUUAUGAGUUUAGUAUAUAAUUUUGUGUCAAUUCUAUAAAUCGAACUCGAAACGAUGAAUCAAAUGAAAAAAAUAUAUUUACUGACGAAUAUUUGGCAUAUUUGAGAAUAUUUGCUUGCAAUAUGACAGACCACGCUAUACUCGUACUUACGUUAUUUCUUGUUCAACUUUGUAUGGGCGUAUGGCUUAACCUCUCCCUUAAUAAAAAUUAUUGGAGUUUUUUUAAACGAGAGACCUACUUUUGUUUCAAAAUGUUGUAGGAAAUGAUAUACAAGGUGAGCUAAAUCGAAAUAAUUGAUCAUUGAAAGAAGAGUUUCUUAAGUAGCUAUCGCUCUUUGUUCUAUGCUUAGGAAUAGUUACAUUGGGAAAAAAUACUUUAUUGUAUAUACUUGAUAUAAAAUUAGUUUAAAUAUUUGUUUAAAUUAGUGAGUUUAGAAGGCGUAAUCCAACUCAGCUAUAAUCUAUCGGUGUCAUUUUAAAGCUAUGGGGAAAAUGGGUUUUUAGUUUAGAAUCUCUGGAACUGUUGCGAAUGAAGAAUUUGAAAUAUAUUUAAUUAAGGUAACGAAGUUCUAAUUUUUUGUACCCUGUUUGCAGAAAUUACUUGAAAAUAUCAGAACUGCUUGAAAUAUCCCAGAAAUUAUAUGCUCUAUUAUUAAAACUUUCCUAUUUCAAAUUUAUUUUUUAUGACAUCAUUAAAGCGCUCUUCUGAUAAAAGAUAUAUGAUUAGAAAAAAUAUUUCUGCAAAAUUGGCCAUGCGUUAAAAGUAUACCAUACAGGUUAGUAAGCUAACGGAAAGUUUCAGGUUUUGUUUAAAAAUUGGAUAUUUAACAAAAAAUUAAAAUAAUAUAUUUAUUAUCAUUGUAAUAUUUUGAAUAUUUAUACAAAACAAUUUGAAAUGUAAUGAUCAGAAAUAUGUCUUCUGAAUUACGGUUUAUAGUUUAAUUUUUACUAUAAAUCAUAUUACCGUUAAAAACCCCUCAGCUGCUUUUUCAGCUAAGCAAUAAUAGGAACAGAGCGAAUUCUCUCAACAAACCCUAUGAAACUGUACAAGAAAUUCUAAAUUAUUGUUUAACUAAAUUUAAACAAAAAAAUUAAUGAAAAAUAUUGUAACGUAAUAAGCAAACAAUUUGUGCUAACACACAUUUGAAUAACAGAAUAGAGAAAAUAAAACGAUAAAAAAUUAUGCAAGUAUAAGUAAUGGCAAGGAAAAAAUUCGCUACUACAAUAUACAAAUGUAGAAGAAAGCAAAAAACAAAAAAUGAUUCGUGGGUAGGCAAAAUAAAUACUAACAAUAAAAAGAAAAAAAAAAACUGCAAAGAAAAAUCUCACAAAAGGUGCAUCAAAACAUUUUAACAUAUUAAAAAUACACAAGAAAGUAUUGAAAAAAAGAAACAUAAAUAAAAGCACACUUCUUUUUUAAUUAGAUUUAAAUUUAAGGCUUUCACAAAUUCUUAAUAUAAAAAAUAAGAUUGAAUUGAUACAAGUAGUAGGGCAAUAGCAAAAAAAAAUUUUGAAAAAAUUACAUAAUACAAACAUACGAACACACAGUUAAUUAGUGAUAAGUUAAGCAUCGAAUCAUUAGCAUAAAGCCUAUUGAUAAAGCAAAAAAGAAAAACAAAAAAGAAGAACAACACAGCAAAUACGAUAUAAAGAAGUAAUAAUAAAUGUAUUAGUUCCUUAACAAAGCAGCAUCAAGAAGUUGUGGGGAUAAAGAGACAAGAAAAUUUGCAAUAAGUACCAUAUAAUUAAUACAUGUUAAUAGCCAUAACAAUAACAACAAUAUGCAGCAGAGCAUACAUUAAAUUCAGCAUUAGCAGUUUUUAAGUACGAAUGAGACAAAUGGCAGCCACAAAGAAUUUUUAAUACGCGAUAAUUAAAUUUUUAUAAUUUUUUCAAUUUUUUUUCUUUAAUCAGCUUAUGUCAUGCUUUAAGCUGUGUUUAUUUUUAAUUUUUUUUAUUUUUAAAGAGAGUUUAGUGAGGUAUUGUCGUUUUUUGCGCGCCGCAAUUUCAACUAAUUAUGUAAUAAUCCACAAUAUUGCGCAAAUUCUCCACAUAUUUCUCAUAUUAUUUGUUUUUAUUGCACAUAAGCUUCAAUAGAGGACGCUGGUGCAUGCUUCAGUGUACACAUAGACCAUAUAAACACACACAUGCAAGCGCAGGUCUUAGCGAGCAAUAUGGCAAUGUGGAUUCGCCUGCAUGCUCCUCACAGCGCAUCCUCUGUUAUAGAAAAAAUAAUUAUAAAAAAAUAUUGAAACAAACCCAAUAAAAACCAAAUUUGAACUACAACAACAACAAUCAGAAAAAGCGUUCAAAUGUGAUGUAACGACACAUUAAAUUAAUUCAAUUCAAUUAAAUUAAACUAAAAAAUUUUUUUGUUAUCAAAUAAAAUGAACACAAAGAGUAAAUAAGCUGCAAAAAAAUUAAAUUUAUUGCAAAACAAAAAACAAUAGUGUGAAGAAAUAAAAUAUUUUAUUACUAUAUAUAAUUACAUGCAUACAUGUAGCUGCGAUUAUAUAUAUAUAUAUAUAUAUAUAACUUUCUAUAUAUUAUUAUCUAAAAGUAUUAUUAUUGCUAUUAUUAUUCUAAUUAUUAUUAACUAUUAUAUUGUUAUACUAUAUUGAUUAAUAUAAUGUAUUAAUGUAUAUGCGCAUUACCAACACACACACAGCGUUCAUAAGUAUCUAUAUAUAUAAAAGUAAUUUCAAUGCUGAUACUCAUUCCAAUGCAAUUACCACAUGCAAUAACAAAAAUAUUUAGUAAAUCAAUACAUUUAAACAAACAAGUGAAAUAUUUCAAAAUUCAAUAACAUUUCCUUUUCCGCUUAAAUGGUAAAAAACUAACGGCAUUUUUAAACAUUCACGCAUAAUUAACAGUAAAUAAAUGGCUAAAACAUACAAGGCGUUUCCGCAUAAAAUAGUAAAAAAAAAAACUCAUAAUAACAACAGUACUCAACAAUUGAGUAAUGCAUAUACAUAGAGUUGUUUGCAUAUAAAAAAAUAAUUUAUCGUUACAGCGCAAUAGAAAACACAGUAGGUGCGAAAAGAUAACAUACAUAGCAAAUACGCGUAAAUACUAAUAAAUAAGAUUGCUGCAUAAGGAAAAAUAUUAAGAAUAUAAAAAAAUAAAAAAUUUAUGAAUAAAAAAAAGAAUAAGUAAAACUCUAUAAAAAUAAUAAUAUGAAAAUAAAUAAUAAUUUGAAAAUAAAUAAAUUUGAAAAUAAAUGCUAGUUUGAAAAUAAACUUUAAUUUAAAAGUGCAUAAAAAGUUGCAAGAAAACAAAAUAAUGCAACUAAAGUUCACCCAGUUCAAUCACACACAUACACACAUGUAUACACAUGCAAAUACACUUACUCUCCCAUGCGCAAAACUAAACUAUAAAAUAACUGUAAAAAAUUUCAUGUAAAAUGUUUAAUUUUGAUUUUAGUAAAAUAAAAUUCAAUAAAAACGAAAA